GGCGGAGGUUAUUGCGAGAUCGAAAGCGAACAAACUAACGAACGAAGCGUGAUGCGAACGGCGGUAUGAGGCAACUGCGUAACGAAACUAAACGAAGAGUGACGGGCUGCGAAACGAAACGCCAAGAUCACUCACGUGAAAGGAUCGCAAAACUAACAGGGGGGGGGAGAAAACUCUUCUUCGUCAACCUCGGGCUCGCACUAUCGCGCGCUCUCACUAACUAACUAACGGUAAAGACAGGAGUUUAUAUCAAAGACAUAAAUGACAAAGUCCUAGCCCCCAGGUACGUCUCGCACACACUAGCAAACAAGAAAAGCUAACAAAGAAAAGACAAACUUCGACUACCCAUCGCCUCCGGCCCUCCUUGUGGCAUUUCCGCUUCCCUUCCAGCUUUUCCGCUCUCCUCCCGGCAGAUACACUGCUCCAAGACUCCCGCACGUUCCCGCGAUCGAAGUGCUUUCCCGAACGGCCAAACUGUGCGGGCACGGGCCAAAGUGCGCCCGUAGCUAUAGCGCACCCGAAACCAAAGCGCGCUCCCGGAGACUUAUGCGAACAAACAAACCAUCAUGAGAGCAUGCCGAGCGGCACCUCGCGAUUAGAAGUUGCUAUUCCGUACCGCUUAGAUCUUGUGUAAUAAUACCAAAUAGAGUCUCAUGCGUUAGAGUAACUGUCCGUGUUGUUGUGGGAGAAGAUUGUGAUGAAUACCGGGAGGGGGAAAAACCACCCCCUCUCGUAUGCCCGGGGGCAUUGAGAAAGCUGUAUGCUCAAACCAUCCUGCCAUACAGCGUGUUUGAAACCGGCCGGGCUUUGGGCUAGACUUGGGCAACCCGGGCUCUUUCAGAAGCCGGCUAGACUGGACUGCAAAUAUUUCCUAGAUUCCGAGCGGCCGGCCGUGAUUGCCCCGGUCC